GCGGAGCGUUCGGCGGCGGCGCGGCCCGGACAGCGAAGCGGGUGGCGGCGGCGGCGGCUUCGCUUGGCGACCCUCGCGCCUCUCCCCCGCCUCCCGCCAUGUGCGAGCCCAGCAAGCAGGACAUCGGCGCCAUCUUCAAGCGGCUCCGCUCCGUGCCCACCAACAAGGUAUGUUUUGACUGUGGGUCGAAAAACCCUAGCUGGGCAAGCAUAACAUAUGGAGUCUUUCUUUGUAUUGACUGUUCAGGGACGCACCGGUCACUUGGCGUGCACUUGAGUUUCAUUCGAUCUACAGAACUGGAUUCCAAUUGGUCUUGGUUUCAACUGAGGUGCAUGCAAGUUGGAGGAAAUGCAAAUGCUUCUGCUUUUUUCCAUCAACAUGGAUGCACAACAAAUGACACCAAUGCCAAGUAUAACAGUCGAGCUGCUCAGCUUUACAAGGAGAAGAUUAAAUCUCUUGCGACACAAGCAACAAGAAAACAUGGUACUGAUCUGUGGAUAGAUGGAUGUGGAAUGCCACCUGCAUCACCUCAGCACAAAGAAGAGGACUUUUUUGCAUCCCAUGCUUCUUCCAAGAAUACAGAAUGGGUAUUAUCAGAGCCAGAACCAGUUCCUCUACAACAGAAAGCUUCAGAAAACAUCCUGGAAAGCUAUGAAGGUGGACCAGAACAUGGACCAAGUGUUGAUUGCCUUAGUACAUCACCAAAAGCCACAUUAGAGAACACCUCCUUUAUAAAAAUGAAGCCAAAUCAGGUUAAGAAAGGGCUUGGUGCCAAAAAAGGUGGUUUGGGAGCACAAAAAGUCAGCAGCCAAAACUUCAGUGAGAUUGAAAAACAAGCACAAGCUGUAGAUAAAAUGAAGGAACAAGAGGAUCUUCGUAGCAGUAAGAAAAUAGAGAUGGAAGAGCCACUUGUAUCAUCUUUACGAUUGGCCUACAGAGAUCUUGAUAUUAAAACGAAAGAAGAAAAGUUAAAUCUAUCUGGUAAGAAGAAAAAUGAACUAGAGAGGCUUGGCAUGGGAUUUGGCAGCAACAGAAGUGGCAUUUCUCACUCUGUCAUCUCAGAUAUGCAGACAAUAGAACAAGAAACACCAACAGUUGCAAAACCAAAGAAAAAGUACAUAGAUGAUGCAGAAGACUCCUAUUUCUCUUCUUCUAGUUCAAGGUACUAUGAUUCUUCAGAUUUGAGAAGCAACACUUUCUCUAAAUGGGAUGACAAUUCAGAUCCUUUUUGGAAGAAGGAAAGUAAUAGCAGAGAUGUUGAUGUAAUAUUAACUCCGAAAAAUACAGGCUUUUCAGAGAGGCCUGCAUCUCGUCGUAAGCCUGAAUAUGAGCCGUCUUCAAGCACCGAUGAGGCACAAAAAAAAUUUGGCAAUGUAAAAGCAAUUUCAUCAGACAUGUAUUUCGGAAGGCAAGAUCAUGCAGAUUAUGAAGCUAGGGCUCGACUGGAAAGACUUUCUGGAAGCUCCUCUAUAAGUUCAGCAGACUUGUUUGAAGAUCAGAAAAAGCAGCCAGCAGGAAGCUACAACAUUACAAACGUCUUGCCUUCUGCUCCUGAUAUUGCCCAGUUUAAACAAGGAGUGAAAUCAGUGGCUGGAAAGCUUUCUGUACUCGCUAAUGGAGUCAUGACAUCUAUACAGGAUCGAUAUGGUUCUUAACAACUUGCAUAUCAAUUAAGUACACUAAAGAAGAGUUUCUCUUCAGAUGCACAAGUAAUCACACUGCUGAUUUGAAUAAAGGUUGCCUUAAGACUGUUAAUGUCUCUAAUUGUUCCAGCCUAUUUUUGUGCAGCUUUCUGGCGCAGCGUCUUUUUAUUGCUAUUUUGUCUUCACAGAGCAGAAAUUAUGUAGCAACUUGUUACAUUGCAUAUGCUUUUAUUUUCCUUUUCCUUGACGGUCUUGUAUUUCUCUUAGUGACCUUGAUGUUAGAUGUUGGGAGCUUUGUAUUAUUACUGCUUUUGUCUGCGAGGCAAGAAAGGAUGAGCACAUACAUUGGAAAUGAGCUUUCCCAACAGAAACCUCUGUGCAGCUGUAUCCUCAGUUGCCAGACAUAACAUAUCUUCUGGCUGUCUUUACAAGCUGUGGAGAAGAAAGUAAGCUUAUGCUGAGAUUGUAUUUAGUGGUCUGUAGCAAAACAUAGAGUGAAGUUAAACCUGCGUUUAUCAGGAAGUAGAAGCUCUUGCAGUAAAUUGAUGUGCAUUGAAGUGAUGGGGGAUUAAUGUUUUAAAAUGACAUUUGUGCAAGAAAAUGUUAUACUUAAUGUGAGGUAUAGGGGAGAUGAGGCACCUGGUAUUUUGAAUAAUAGAUUUCAUCCAUUUAGGAGAACAAGCUAUUUAUUCCUGGUUUUGAAAGUCAUAAAAAAAUUGCAAUAUGGAAUCCUUAAGUGCUUUAAAAACAAUCUGUAUUGUGUACAAAUUGAAAAAACUUUAAGUAUAUAAGGAGCCUAAUAGAGUAGUUAGUAAAAUACUUGUUAAAAUUUUCAGAACAAUCGCAGUUUUUUUGAUAAAUAAUGAAAUUUUGGAUGAGGAAAUAUAGUAGAACUGUGUUUUAGACAGUUUGGAUUUUUUUGUUGAUGACAUCUUGUAUAAAAAUGAUCAGAACUUAACGGAAAAACCUCACAACCAACAAUGAGCUCAAGCUAAUUCUGUUCUGUACCUUUGAUUCUUAAUUCAAAUUUGUAAACUGCUGAUAUCUAAUAAAAAAAGAAAAUUGGUAUAAACUGAUUUUUUUUUUUUUUUAAUUAAAUUCAUAUAUGCAGA